UUCAUUCAAAUCCACUGCCUGUGCUAUAAAAAGGGAAGUUACAAGUAGAGCGCAACUUUAGCAAAGGAUCGUAGCGCAAGAGUAACGCGGUCUGUCUGAAGUUUUAGAAGCUAUAGCCUAAAGAUAUUAGCCGGUCUGCGAUUAUUAGUCGGCAUGAAUACGGUCAAGGCUAUGAAAAAUGCAAUUGUCUGUCUUAUUUUACUGCCUCGCUUCUUCUUGGCAGCGAUAAUGCUGUGGUUUCUCGAUUUUCAUUGCGUAAGAAAGAGGGUCUUCCCCAAAAUGAAGGAACAAGAAGGAAAUAUUGUCGACCCCCCAGUAUGUAUUUCCGAGUCUAAUCGAAUGUUCAGCUGGGAGUCAAUCAAAGCCGUUUGGCAUGGCCAUAAACUGGACUUCUUAAAAUCGGCGCACCUUGGAUAUGUAGCGCCCAACACUGAAGUUGUGCAGCUCCGCGACCAGAGAUGCAACCGGAUUCUUGACUAUGCCAAAGAGAAGAGACCGCUCAUUCUAAACUUUGGCAGCUGCACCUGACCACCGUUCAUGACACGCUUGAAGGCGUUCCAGCGUGUUGUGCAGCAAUACGCUGAUAUCUCAGACUCUGUCGUUGUGUACAUAGAGGAAGCGCACCCGUCGGACGGAUGGAUGAGCUCUGACGCUCCCUACCAAAUUCCCAAACACCGCUGUCUCGAGGAUAGACUCAGUGCCGCUCAAAUAAUGAACCGUGAGGUCCCUGGGUGCCUUGUUGUCGCAGACAGCAUGGAUAACUCGUCCAACGCCGCAUAUGGAGCUUAUUUCGAUAGACUUUACAUACUUCAAGACGGAAAGAUUGUCUACCAAGGAGGUAGAGGGCCGGAGGGAUACCGCAUCUCUGAGCUGAGAGACUGGCUAGAUCAAUACAGACAAAGUGUUGGAAAUUCAAGAAAUGUCGUUAUUCAUGUCUAGAGUUUUAUAACAUUUUAGGCGUCACCAUUAAAUAAGUUAUGUCUCUACACAUUUCAUACACUGCAACUUUUCAAGAGUUGCGGCUCCAAUAACGUGUCACAUGGACACACAAGCAUUUUCACUUGUGUUGUUUACUAGUGAUGUAUGUGUAGGCCUAUCCCAAAGGUUGCAGAAUUGCCUGUUUUAGUUCUAGUUAUUAUUUUGACCGUGGACAUCUCAACAUAUUACGUCUAUAGACGAUCGCCUGCAAGGGUUUAUUUGUUCUGUGUUCCCAUAUUGGUCAUGUUCUCUUUAUGCGAAUGUUUGUGUGGAAAGUGUGAGUAAAGUAGGGUUUGCCAUGACCAAUUUAUUGCCAGUAUUUUUGUGAAGUUCGGUUUUUAAAAGGUACCUCACCAGAAAACCGAUACUGAUGUUUUAAUGCUGAAGAUAAUGAUUGUGUGCAAUAACUUUUUACUUGUAUUUUUGGUUUUGUAAAUAUGGUUAACUUUUUAUGGAGAUACUUUUAUAAUAAAAUGUCUUAUUCUAUACUCUGGAAAAUAA